CCUCCCCUCCUUACAGAUGCUCCUAUGAGAGUGGGGGGCAGUGUAGUGAAAAUCAGACUGCUGCUUAUUCUUCUGCAACAUAAAGGAAUUUCUGUGAACUGUCUACAGAGAAACCCUAAGCAAUAAUAAGGGGGGGGGGUAUUAUCACAUUUCCCUUCCAAACCCAAAUGUUGGGGGCAGCAGCAGCAGCAGCAUUAUAACGGUUAGUGCUGGGGGAGCGGCUGCACAGUCACUAUAGGGCUGAUGGAUGGGCGAAUGGGGGGCAGUGCCAGUCACUGGGGGUAACAGAUCUGCAGAAGAUCAGGGGCAGACAUGUGCCAGCAAUAACCAUCCCUAACAGGAAGAAGGGAGGGGUUGGGGGAUGCUGGGCUUUUCAAAUAAUAAUAUGUAGAUCCAAUAGGAAGUGUUCCCCCCUGUGCGAAGCAGGAGCGGACGGGGGCCCAUUAGUAGGCGCAUAGGGCAGCAGAAGCUAAAGGCUAGGCGCACGGUCGCCAGUCGCAGACGAGGGCAGCACACUGCGACUUUUCCCCUUUCACCCCCCCCCCCCCUUUCUGUGCGAUGUGCAGAAGCCCAGAGCCUCUCUCCUCCCCUCCUGUUCCUUCAUUCCCUCCCCCUUUCCCAGUCUCCAGAUGAUGCCUCUCCCUUGUGCAGCCCGCAGCCCCUGAGCCCCGCAGCCCGCACCUCUGCAGCGCCGGGAGGGAGGGGGCCCGCUGGCCGCUCGGCAGCACAAUGUCUCCCGUUUAUUAAGGGGAUUUGGUACCGGCGGAACAUUUCUCCAACCGUUUCCAUUUUGGGGGGAUUGCUACGUUUCAUUUAGGAUUUUUCCUUUUCAAAUGGCUCGGCGACCCCGGGACCAGCGGAGACAUCUAUCGCAUUAGGAAUAUCUGCCUCUGGUUUUUUUUAUUAAAUCGCUGGAUUAUCGUCAUUAUUUUUAUUUAGCUGUAGAAAAUGGAGAACGAAAUUUUUGCUCCGAUCUUGGAAAAUUUUAUGUCCAGCCCUUUGGUGAUAUGGAUCAAGACCUUUGGCACCUUGCUCAGAGGGACUGGCACCCUGCUGGACGAAUAUGUGGCGUUAAUAGACGGUGUGUUUCUGAAUGAAGUCAUGUUUCAGAUAAACCCAAAAGCUGAUAAUCAAAGAAUAUAUAGAAAGAUCAAUAACGAUGCAUCCCUUCGAAUCCAAAAUUUGUCCGUGUUAGUCAAGCAGAUGAAAUCUUACUAUCAGGAAUCGUUACAACAGUUGGUCAUGAUGAGCUUGCCAAAUGUUUUAACUAUUGGCAAAAAUCCAUAUUCUGAGCAAGGGACAGAAGAAAUGAAGAAAUUGCUUCUCCUUUUGCUGGGUUGCGCCGUCCAGUGUGAAAGGAAAGAAGAAUUUAUUGAAAAAAUACAGGUCUUGGAUUUUGAUACGAAGGCAGCAGUUGCGGCCCAUAUACAAGAGGUAACGCACAAUCAGGAAAAUGUGUUUGAUCUGCAGCUGUUGGAACCAACAGAGAUGUCAUCAGAAGAUUUAGAAGCUCUUUUAAAAAAUACUUCUUUCCACUUAAAGCGGCUGAUUGAUGAGAGAGAUGAAUAUACAGAGACAAUCAUUGAACUCACAGAGGAGAGGGACUCCCUUCAUUUUGCACCUCUAGCUAUAUCCGCACAGUCUCCAUCUGGAUCCCCAGGCAUGAGGCGCACAGAGAGCAGGCAGCAUUUGUCUGUGGAGCUAGCAGACGCUAAGGCGAAAAUUAGAAGACUGAGACAAGAGCUGGAAGAGAAAACAGAACAAUAUCUGGACAGUAAACAGGAGGUUGGACACAUGGAGGCAGAACUAAAGCGAGUUCAGCAAGAGAACAUGAAUUUGCUUGCAGAUGCUCGGUCUGCUAGAGUGUAUCGGGAUGAGCUGGAUGCACUCAGGGAAAAAGCCAUUCGAGUUGACAAGCUUGAAAGUGAACUUAGCCGAUACAAAGAGAGAAUGCACGACAUUGAGUUUUACAAAGCUAGAGUUGAGGAAUUAAAAGAAGACAAUCAGGUGCUUUUGGAAACAAAAACAAUGUUGGAAGAUCAGCUGGAAGGAGCUCGGGCCCGUUCUGACAAACUCCAUGAGUUAGAAAAGGAAAAUCUACAACUAAAAGCCAAAUUUCACGAUAUGGAAACGGAGCGGGAUUUGGAAAGAAAAAGAAUUGAAGAACUAAUGGAGGAAAACAUGUCUCUGGAAAUGGCACAGAAGCAGAGUAUGGAUGAGUCUUUGCACCUCGGCUGGGAGCUGGAACAGCUGUCUAAGACAAGCGACCUCCCAGAAAUACCACAGAAGUCCCUGGGUCAUGAAGUGAAUGAGCUAACAUCCAGCAGGCUGCUGAAGCUGGAGAUGGAAAACCAAACCUUGCUCAGCACAGUGGAGGAGCUGCGGAACACCAUGGGGUCCACAGAUGGUAAAAACACAAAGAUCCUGAAACUGGAGAAAGAAAAUCAAAGGCUGUGCAAAAAGAUGGAAAAAUUAGAGGCAGAGAUUAACCACGAGCGACAAAACAAUCAGAGCAGCCAGCAUCUAAGCAGUGAUCUCAUGAAGGAGAAGUCCGAGCUUGAAAAAACCAUUGAGACCCUACAGGAGAAUUCUGAGCGCCAGAUCAAAGGUCUUGAACAAGAAAAUGAACAUUUGAAUCAAACGAUCACCUCCCUGCGACAGCGUUCACAGAUCAGUGCCGAGGCCAGAGUCAAAGAUAUUGAAAAGGAGAACAAAAUUCUACAUGAGUCUAUCAAAGAGACCAGCAGUAAAUUAAACAAGAUGGAGUUUGAAAAGAAACAAAUGAAGAAGGAACUGGAGCACUUCAAGGAGAUGGGCGAGAGGUCUGAGGAGCUUGAAAAGGAACUACAUCGAGUGGAAAAAGAGACCGAACUCUUGCAAAAAAAGAUCACCAGCUUAAAUAUAGUUUGUGAAAAAACAGAGGUCUUGGAACAGGAAAAUGCAGGCUUGGAAUUAGAAAACAGAAAGCUGAAAAAGACAUUAGAUAGUCUAAAAAACUUAAAAUAUCAAAUGGAGUCGCUGGAGAAAGAGAACAACCAACUUGAAGAGGAGAACCUAAGCCUUAGGCGAUCAGUGGAAUCCCUCAAAAGCACAAAUAUAAAGGUGGCCCAGUUGGAAUUAGAGAACAAAGAACUGGAGAAUGAAAAGGAGCAGUUAAGGAAAGGGCUGGAACUGAUGAAGGCAUCUUGCCGGAAAACUGAACGGUUAGAAGUCAGUUACCAGGGACUGGACACAGAGAACCAAAGAUUACAGAAGGCAUUGGAGAACAGCAACAAAAAAAUCCAACAACUUGAAAAUGAACUGCAGGACCUGGAGGCAGAGAACCAGACUCUGCAGAAAAAUCUGGAGGAAUUAAAGAUCUCUAGUAAGCGGCUGGAACAGCUGGAAAAGGAGACAAAGCUGCUGGAACAGGAAACUUGUCUAUUAGAAAAGGACAAGAAACAGCUGGAAAAGGAGAACAAGCGACUCCGCCAACAGGCUGAGGUUAAAGACAUUACGCUGGAAGAGAACAACGUAAGGAUCUCAAACCUGGAGAGAGAGAAUAAAUUGCUUUCCAAGGAAACAAAUGCAUUUAAAGAAUCCUGUUCCAGGGUGAAAGAGCUGGAAAUGGAGAAUAAGGAGCUUGUGAAAAGAGCAACCAUUGAUAAGAAAACAUUAAUCACAUUGAGAGAGGAUUUGGUGAAUGAAAAACUGAAAACACAACAGAUUAAUAAUGAGCUGGAAAAGCUUAGCCAUGAAUUAGAGAAGAUUGGGCUGAACAAAGAGCGCCUGCUGCAUGAUGAACAGACUACUGAUGACAGCAGAUACAAGCUCUUGGAGUCCAAGUUAGAAUCAACGCUGAAGAAGUCUCUUGAAAUAAAAGAAGAAAAAAUUGCCUCCCUUGAAGCCCGACUAGAGGAGUCUGCCAAUUUUAAUCAGCAACUUCGUCAGGAGCUUAAAACUGUAAAAAAGAAUUAUGAAGCACUUAAACAGAGACAGGAAGAGGAAAGGUUGGUACAAACCUCUCCGCCAAGACCUGGUGAAGAAAAUGUACCUGUGACUAAAUGGGAGAGAGAAAGCCAAGAGACCACCAGAGAGCUGCUGAAGAUCAAGGAUCGCUUAAUAGAAGUUGAGAGAAAUAACGCUACUCUGCAGGCAGAGAAACAGGCACUGAAAACACAGCUGAAACAACUGGAAAACCAAAACGACAAUUUACAAGCACAGAUUUUAGCACUUCAGAAGCAGACAAUAUCACUGCAAGAGCAGAAUACCACUCUGCAAACUCAGAAUGCCAAGCUUCAGGUUGAAAAUUCUACUCUUAAUUCACAAAGCACAUCACUUAUGAAUCAGAAUUCCCAGCUUCUAAUCCAGCAGUCUACCCUAGAAAAUGAAAAUGAAUCACUCACCAAAGAACGCGAGGAGCUGAAGUCAGUGUAUGAUCUUCUGGUUAAAGACCAUGAGAAACUGGCCCAAGUUCAUGAGCGGCAGGCAGCAGAAUACGAGUCGCUUAUCUCCAAGCAUGGCAGCCUAAAGUCUGCACAUAAAAAUUUAGAGGUAGAGCACAAGGACCUCGAAGACAGAUAUAACCAGUUACUGAAACAAAAAGUUCAGCUAGAAGAACUGGAGAAAGCACUUAAGGAGGAGCAAGCAAAAAUGUUGCAGGAGAAAAAACAGCACGAAAUGUUAUCAUCUGAUUACCAAAGGUUGACUGAGGAGCAUGGGAGGCUCAAUCACACAUACAGACAGCUGUUACGGGAAAAUGAGAGCCUGCAAAGCGAUCAUAAAAACUUAAAAAGCCUUCUUAAUAGCGGUAAACUGGAGCAAACCAGAUUAGAAGCUGAAUUCUCUAAAUUAAAGGAGCAGUACCAACAGCUGGAUAUCACAUCAACCAAGCUCAAUAAUCAGUGUGAGCUUUUAAGUCAACUGAAAGGCAACUUAGAAGAAGAAAACCGGCACUUAUUAGAUCAAAUUCAGACUUUGAUGCUGCAAAACAGGACCUUGCUGGAACAGAAUAUGGAAAGCAAAGACCUUUUCCAGGUUGAGCAAAGACAGUACAUUGAUAAAUUAAAUGAACUCAGGCGACAAAAAGAAAAACUGGAAGAGAAGAUAAUGGAUCAAUACAAGUUUCAUGAGCCAUCUCCCCCAAGAAGGAGAGGAAACUGGAUCACAUUAAAAAUGAGGAAACUGAUCAAAUCUAAGAAGGACAAUAACCGGGAACGCCUGAGAUCCCUCCCAAUGGCCCCUUCCCGCUCUGAAUCCAGUGAAGGUUUCUUGCAGCUACCACUUGGUGAUAGUCAGGAUAGUUCUUCCGUUGGCUCCAAUUCUCUUGAAGAUGGACAUCCACUGGGGGCAAAAAAGAGCAGCAUGGUUGCACUGAAAAAGCUGCCCUUUAUGAGGAACAGACCGAAGGAUAAAGACAAAAUGAAGACACUCUACCGCCGCUCCGUGUCCAUGAAUGACCUGGUGCAGUCCAUGGUCCUGGCAGGAGGACAAUGGACAGGUAGUGCUGAGAAUCUGGAGGGUCGUGAGGAUAAUGCAUCCGGAAAAAGGAGAAAGGAUUUGGGAUCUAUGGCCUUCUCCACAACAGCAAUCGACUUUUCAGCUGCCAAUGCCUCUUCGGGCUUCAGAUCCAAGGUUUUACCUAAAAGUAAAGACGGUGCUUCUUAUGAGGAUUUAAGUGCUCAUUCUGUAGGGAAUGAUUCCUAUUCUGGAACGCAUGCUCCCAGACCAGCCAGCCUGGAUAGUGCCAGGACAUCCUCUAGUAAUAGUAAUAAUAAUGCUUCAGCCCAUGGAGUCACAGGAGUGGUGACUGCUCAGAUCAGGUCCCACAGCCACAUUGGUGGAGAUUUCAGCCUGCAUCACGAUAAUGAACCACUGAAUGGCAGUGGUAGCCCAGUCCCUUACCUCGGUCAUCGUUUAAAAAAGUCUGCGGCAUCUAGUCCCAUGCUGAGGCUUAAACUAGGGGACACACCAGAAACCUCCCUCCAGUCUAAGCUGAUGCCUGGGUCACCCGGAAGUGAAAUGGUUUCACUCAAACAAUUUUUAGAGGAAAGCAACAAGUUGACUGUAAGCCAGAUUCGGUCUGGAAGUCAAGAAAACCUGUUAGAUGAAGUUAUGAGAAGCCUUUCUAGUUCUGCUGAGUCUGCUGGAUUUCAGUCUCCAACACUGCUAUCUCCUGGCAUAUCACUGGCACUGGAUCGGAAAUCUGCCAAACCAGAACAGUGUGUGAGACCCAACCUUCGCAAAACAGAGAGUUUCCGUUUUACCUACCCUGAACUGGUCAAUUCACAGUCCUCAGAUGGGAGCUCUGCUACAGGUGAAGGAAUGGUAUUCUCCCAGAAGCACACAAAAGAUUCCAAUCCAUAUGCAACAUUACCUCGUGCAAGCAGUGUGAUAUCUACUGCAGAGGGAACUACCCGGAGGACGAGUAUCCAUGAUUUUUUAUCCAAAGACAAUAGGUCACCUGUAUCAGUUGAUCCAUCACCUACAGCAGAGGAUGCGCCUUGUUUAUCGAAUGUGGAUGCAACACAAGAAGUCAGGCUUUCAAAAAGCAGGUCUAGGGAGCAGCAAACCCCUUAAUUUAGCCACCCAUUUCAAGUGAUAUCCCAGUUGAGAGAAAAGUGGCCUUCAUUUCUCAAGGGGAAGUUUAUUUCUGAAGUCCCGAGAUAUCGAGCCCCGCCAAUGUCUUUCUGAGAAAUUGCUAGUAAAGCCUCAGCACUAGGACUGGGGAGAUUUUACACUUUUCCUUCCUUGAAUCAAGGAGUUCUGUUGGAGUGAAUGCAAACAAAGCAAAUGAAAGUGGAGGAUUGGGUGUCCUGCUCUUUGCACUGGGGAAUAUUCUGCUGUCCUGAUCAGGAAGGACCUCAUGCCUGGCACCGCUCAUAGGAAUUUGCAGAUGAACUUUGAAUCCUGUGCUUUUAUACACUUCUGGUUGGGAUUUUGCCAACAUGUCCAGUUUGUAUUUUAAGUCUAUGUAUAUUAAAUUUGUUUUUAUUUUAUUUUUAAACUCACAAGCUUCCUGGCCCAACUGCCAGCAUGUGUGACAUGUGGGAUUGUGCGCCCCCAUACUUCAUAGUUCAUUUUUGUAGGAUAUAAUGGACCCCUCCUCUAAUUGAUAAGGAUAUCAGAAACCACUGAGGAGUUCUGUGACCACCGCAGCUCAAAACUGAUUGCUUUCAUACAGGGCAAUGUGACUUCUAAUAGCCUUUAUAUUCUAGUAGGGGUACAAUUUUCCUUAUAAUACAUGUUUCAGUGACUCAUAUGACACAAAUGACAUCAAUAAGCACAGUCCAGUACCUGUGUAGAAGUUAUAUUAAUGUGAGCCAAAUUCUAAUAUCUUUUAUAAUAUUUAUUAGGGGAUACACCUGUGAAAAUUUGGGACAAAUUAAGCACAAUACUAUUUGUAAUAGUGUAUUACUAUUAUUGCAGUAUUGUGCAUUAUUAUAAUAGUAUUAUUCCAGUACUAGUAAGAAUGAGUAUGUGUCUAAAUGUAGGUAACCUGCUGGGCCUGUGCUGUGUCUGUCAAUGGGUCACUGGAACCAAGGGAAAGUCUUCCAAUUAGAAAUGUCCAACCUGAAGUCUCUCUUUCCCUAUAGGUGAAUUAUAACUGCCUUGAAAGAUUCACAUUUUAAAAACAGGUGGAGAAACUCAGGUUGGACAUUGCUGAUUUAUACCACUUACUGGAGGGUAUAUUAUUACUCAUAAUACAUGGGAAAUGUCAAAACUGUAUAUUAAGACUCAUACACAUUGUCUUGGAAUUGUUCUGCAGCCACACAGCAAAGCUUAAGUAAAUGGAUUGCAUUUUACACAAUGGAGCUGUAGCCAUGGCAACAGCAUAGUUUUUAAUGCAUACAGCAGUGGUAGAUGUUGGGUAAAUUGAGAUCACUUAACUCUUGCAUUGCUGUGUGGUUAGCUGGCAAAUGCCCCUACGUUGCGUCCUAGGCGCCAUGUUUACGUAAAGGAUACUGGUACAGCAUAUACAUUGCUCUAGUGUUGUGCCGACAUCAGAGCAUUUGUAUCCUCCCACUGGAACUCUCUGCAGCUUUUGGGCACUACUCGCUUCCAUGUACCUACCAGUUAAAGGAGAGGUACUUAUUUUAUUGUUGAUUUUAUAUUUAAUUUUUUUUUUGUGUGUCUUUCUCUCCACUCGGAGGCUGCCAUGUAACGUGCCAUAAAUAUUUUGGCACUUAUUGCCUCUGUAUUAUAAUUAUUCAGGCGCUUUAUAUUUGUUAUACCAAGACAGAAUUGUGUUUAUUCUUGUAGACAAUUACUUCACCUGCAUUGUUGUAAAGUUAGCUACGGAUUUACAGACAGAGAUGUUUCUGCACUAAAGAUGUUAUCCCGGGGUCAUUGGUCCAUGGCUCUUCAAUUGCUCAUUGCCCACCAUCCUCUUCACUUGCUCAUUGCCCACCAUCCUCUUCACUUGCUCAUUGCCCACCAUCCUCUUCAAUUGCUCAUUGCCCACCAUCCUCUUCACUUGCUCAUUGCCCACCAUCCUCUUCACUUGCUCAUUGCCCACCAUCCUCUUCACUUGCUCAUUGCCCACCAUCCUCUUCACUUGCUCAUUGCCCACCAUCCUCUUCACUUGCUCAUUGCCCACCAUCCUCUUCACUUGCUCAUUGCCCACCAUCCUCUUCAAUUGCUCAUUGCCCACCAUCCUCUUCACUUGCUCAUUGCCCACCAUCCUCUUCACUUGCUCAUUGCCCACCAUCCUCUUCACUUGCUCAUUGUCCACCAUCCUCUUCACUUGCUCAUUGCCCACCAUCCUCAGCAGUGGCCCCCCCUUAGGGCAUCCGUUUUUUUAAGGAUGUGGAAAUUAUAACUAAAUUACACUGGACAGGGCUGAUGAGACUGCCCCUAAAUGUACAGAUGGUUUAUAUUGCAGUAUCUAAUUAUUGCUUGAUAAUUUCAUUACUAUCAGAAAUGGUGAAUGGUUCCAGAGGCAAUUUAGCUGCUUCUAAACUACCACUCUCGACAUCCCCGGCAGCUGAAGGCUGAAAGGAGAUGCUGGGAGUUGUAGUAACAACAACAAAAGGCUGCAGCUAAACUGUAUUGCUACCUUGGGCCCUGACAGAGGGAGAGCCACGGGAUAUUGGGCCCUGACAGAGGGAGAGCCACGGGAUCUUGGGCCCUGACAGGGGGAGAGCCACGGGAUCUUGGGCCCUGACAGGGGGAGAGCCAUGGGAUCUUGGGCCCUGACAGGGGGAGAGCCACGGGAUCUUGGGCCCUGACAGGGGGAGAGCUAAGUGAUCUUGGGCCCUGACAGGGGGAGAGCCACGGGAUCUUGGGCCCUGACAGGGGGAGAGCCACGGGAUCUUGGGCCCUGACAGGGGGAAAGCCACGGGAUCUUGGGCCCUGACAGGGGGAGAGCCACGGGAUCUUGGGCCCUGACAGGGGGAGAGCCACGGGAUCUUGGGCCCUGACAGGGGGAGAGCCACGGGAUCUUGGGCCCUGACAGGGGGAGAGCCACGGGAUCUUGGGCCCUGACAGGGGGAGAGCCACGGGAUCUUGGGCCCUGACAGGGGGAGAGCCACGGGAUCUUGGGCCCUGACAGGGGGAGAGCCACGGGAUCUUGGGCCCUGACAGGGGGAGAGCCACGGGAUCUUGGGCCCUGACAGGGGGAGAGCCACGGGAUCUUGGGCCCUGACAGGGGGAGAGCUAAGGGAUCUUGGGCCCUGACAGAGGGAGAGCCACGGGAUCUUGGGCCCAGACAUACAAAGAGCCAUGAAACCUCUGGCCAUGACAUAGGAUGAGCCAUGGCAUCUCUGUGCCCUGGAGUUUAAUAUUAGGCAUGAUAAACUCAGUACUGUAAAUGAUAUAGAUAAUAGUAGUCAUUGAGCAACUCACUGAUGACCUGUGCCUUUAUAUAGGCCAAUAUAUAGGUGACUAUCCUUUUAAAUUCUAGUUGGGGUACAUUAUUCUUUAUAAUACAUGAGGGAUGAUGGCAUUUUCUCCUUAAAAUUGCCUGUUGAAGGAGAAGGAAAGGUAAAAUAAUUGGGGGUUGCCCCCACCCCCCAGUGAUUCUAAUUGCUUAUCUGCUACCUUGAGCUGGCACUCCUCUUAUUCAGAAAACACACCACCCCUGGGGCACUGAGCACUGUGCCACCAUCUUAUUCCUGUCUGCCAGGUGUUCCUGUCAGGCUGUACUACCCUACUAGAAGGGAAAAUGGUGGCACAACGCUCCGCAAAGUGUACCCUGGGCGGGUAGAUUGUUUAAAGAAGAGGAGCCCCAACCUGGGCUAUAGGGGGUGCCUAACAACUUGGCAGCCCUAAGUGAUUUUACCUUUCCUUCCCCUUUAAUAACAAUAUAAUGUUGCAGUUCAUAACUUGGACAUUAUAAUGAGAUUAUAUGCAGCCAAUCAAAACAGCAUUACUGUCGCUCAUGUAAUAUAAAAUGUUAAUGUACGUCGGUACGUAUUUUUUCUGAUCACAUUAUCGAUGGACAGCAGUUUGUUACUAAGGAUAUAGCUUAUUUUUUCUUUUGGCAUUUUUAGUUCAUCCCAUUGCUGCUAAGCUCCUGAGCAGUAAAGGGACGCGGGGUUGGGUGCGACUGCCUAGUUUGGACGCGUCGAUAGAACAUUUUUGUACAAUGUUUCAGUGGCAAGGAUGGUUCCAAAUUCUAAUUUAAAUGGUUUUUGUCUUAAUAUAAUUAUUUUCAUUUGUGUUGUUGGAAUGUUAUUUUGGUUUUUAUUAUUUUCUGCCAGACACUGUACAUAAAGUUGUAUAACGCACAUCUUAAUGGAUGUUUUUAAAAUGAUGGUUUUCUGUUAUUAAACCAUUUCUUUUUCCAUAUG